AUGCUGUUUACUGAAUCGUCAAAGGCAAGAGAACCUUGCCCUGAGACCAAUCAAGUCUCUUCAAUUCCUUCCAUUGAAAAUCAGGAGACUGGUGAAAAUGAUAAGGCUGAGAGCUUUUAUGAGGCUGAUGCCGGGGAUGGUACCAAGAGAGAAGAUAUGUAUUUACUGGGUAAGAAAUUAAUUCUCUGCAUGGUUUCCCUAGUCGCGUGUAUGUUCUUGUUCGCUCUAGAUCAGCUCAUCGUUACCACAAUUUUAAACACCGUUGGAACCAAGUUCAAUGCAUUGAACCAAGUUGGAUGGCUAUCUUCAGGGUUUCUCAUCAGUAUGGCUGUUCUUGUCGCUGUUUGGGGUAAAAUCUCCAUUAUCUUUGGACGCAAAGUUACCAUGCUUGUGGCAAUUCUCUUUUUUGAGGCAGGAUCACUUAUGUGUGGAUUAGCAAAUAGCAUGGAUGUACUUAUUGGAGGCAGGGUGUUGGCUGGUAUUGGAGGUGGUGGAAUUCAAACCAUGACUUUCAUUAUCAUCACCGAGGUGCUUCCCAUUGACAAAAGACCAGUGGGAAUGGCCCUUCUUGGUACAAUCCUUGGUGUUGCAUCCGUUUUGGGGCCCUUGAUUGGCGGAGCUUUCACAUCAGGUGUAUCUUGGAGAUGGUGUUUCUUCAUAAACUUACCCAUUGGAGCAGUGGCUUCACUUGUUUUCUUUUUCUCAUUCACUCCGCCUAAAGUUUCCUUCUCAAUUAGAAAGAAGUUGAAAAUCAUUGACUACACUGGAAUCUUUCUCAUGACCUCAAGCUUAGUUCUCGUGCUUUUAGCAUUAACCUUUGGUUCAGAUGGAAACUUCAAAUGGGACUCAGCAGCAGUCAUUUGUUGUUUUGUACUUGGAGGGCUUCUAGUAAUUGCCUUUUGUGUGUGGAACUUCAAAUAUUCAAAGAACCCGUUGAUACCACCAGAGGUCGUGAAGACCUUGCAAGUCACAGCGGCUGCCCUAACCAUGUUUGGAGUUUUUUCAUACUAUAUUGCAGCUACUGUUUACCUUGCAAUUUACUUUCAGGUGAUUCAUAAAGCUUCGGCUUGGAGAUCAGGGGUCGACAUGUUGCCUCUCAUCAUUAGUGUUAUUGUCACAUCUAUUGUUGGCGGUGUCUUUGUCAAGAAAACAAGAUUGGUGAAGCCAAUUGUCGUUUUGGGUACUGCUCUCGGCUUCGUCGGUAGCGGGUUAUUGUGUCUACUCGAUGUCGAUUCAUCCACUCCCAUGCAAAUAGGACUUUUGAUACCCGUUGGCGUUGGCAUUGGUAUAAACAUGCAAGCUGCUCUUAUGGCUGGUCAGAUUGUGGCUCCUAAGAUUCCGGGAGGAGUGAUUUUAGCCACCACCUAUUUGAAUUUCUGCCGCUCAGUGGGUGGUGCUAUAUCGGGAAUUUUGGCGAAUGUAAUGUACACAUCUACGAUUCUGAAGAAUUUGCCACGCAAUUUGAUGAAACAGUCACCCGAGGUGAUUCAGGAGCUCUCCAAGUAUGAUCUUAAACACCUUAUUCAGAAGAGCACUCCGGGAUUGUCCGCCGCCAGCCAGCAUUUUUUGAACACCGAAGUGAUGAGCGGAAUUCGGGCCGCAUUUUAUUUGAAUUUGGGCUAUGCUGCAAUUGGAUUCGUUUUCUCAUUGCUUGUGACUAACCAGAGGUUGCCCGUGGCUACACCUCAGGUGAGGGAUUCUGAUAAUGUGGAAGAAUUGAAUGUCGUAGAAAAACGAGAAGAGUGA